AUGCGCGCGCGCAGUAUACCCGCUACCGUCGGAAGGGACGGCCGCUCGUGAUAAUGGCUAGCAAGUCGAACGGUGUGGAACACGAGUGGGUUAGAGGACCCCCUCCAGGCGGCUCUGUCUGGAAGAGGUUCGGGAGGGCCAUCUAUAAUUCUGAGGAGAAAAGCUUCUUGGGACGCACGGGAAAGAGAUGGGGCAUCCUGUUCGCAUUCUACACCGUGUUCUACUCGGUGCUGGCCCUCCUCUUCGCCCUCUGUAUGGGAGGACUGUUUCUAUCGCUCGACGAUCGCAAACCCACGCAUAUUCUUGACAGUUCGCUCAUAGGGGCAAAUCCAGGCGUCACCUGCAGACCUUAUCCAAUCGCAUAUAACAAAGUGCAGUACGAUCCGCAGAAUUUCACAAAUGGCCACCCAUACAUAAAUCAACUACAAGAAUUCUUUACUCCAUACGAGACAAUCGACUGGUACAAGUCUGAAAAUGUUUGCGUCUCCGCGGACAACUAUGGGUUUCCAGAAACACCGUGCUUUUUCAUCAAAAUCAAUAAAAUAUACGGUUGGAGCCCUGACUGUUAUACAGCAGUCGACCUUCCCGAAGACAUGCCCGAUGAUUUAGUGGAACACAUCAAAUCCUUGGAACCAGAGAAACAAAACCAAGUAUGGAUAACAUGUGUGGACGAGAGUCAUAACUCGACGAAGAUCGAGUACCCCUGGGGUCGAGGGCUGGCGAGCAGUUUCUACCCCUUCAACAACACCGACGGCUACCAGAGUCCACUGGUCGCUGUGAAAAUAACGCCUGCAGUGGAUGACACCGUGUCUAUCCGCUGCAGGGCGUGGGCGAAGAACAUCAUCUACAACAAAAGUAUAAAGGAGCAGUCUGGGUAUACUCGGAUACUACUACACGUGAAUGUAGCCGAUAAUACCACAGACGUAUUAACGUAAGAGUAUAAUAGGCGUAGAUAAGGUGACAUCGAUUUUGGCCGGCUCCUAUGAACGAUCUUCACCGCUGUCGCCGAAUACGUAGUGAAAAUAGACCAAUUAGAAUAAACUUACAAAAUUGGUUAACUGGUGGUAGGUUUUUCAUAUGUGAGAGUCUGCCUGGGUAGGUACCACAGCAAUAUCUAUUUCUGCCGCCAAGCAGCGGUGUGUAGUCACCGUGGUGUUCCGGUUUAAAGGACAUUGUAGCCAGUGUAACUACUGAACAUAUAAGACUUAACAUCUCAUGUCUCAGGAUGGCGAGCGCAGUGGAAUACCAAACAAUACUUUCUAAUUCAAGGUGUUGGAUGGUGAUUCUACUGUUUGUGGCGGUCGUAUAGUUUACCAUCAGAUGAACAGCAAGCUCGUUUCGUCAUUUAAAGCAAUAAAAAAGAACAUUGUGUAUGGAAAUCGAGCAUUAAUUACCUCGAUCAAAACUUUUAUUACCUUGAAGAAAUAUUAGAGACGGUUUAAAGUAAUCCAAAAUCCCAUUGUUUUUUCUAUUAAACAAGUAAAUAUAAGCCACCGAAUGUAGAUAGUACCUAUGUCCUCUACAAUUAUCAAUAUUUUCAAAAACAGUACAGCGAAGUUGUCGUAAAUAGCUCCUGUGGAAAAAUACGGUACUACAAUAUACCAGUAGAAGAAUCAAAAGUGGUCAGUGUCCCUAUUUUCGCAAAUAGUGUUAUGCUACGCUAGUAGGAUAUCGAUUUAACACCGAAUAAUUUUCGAAUUAAUUUCAAAUCGAUUUCAUCUUGUCUAUGCCCUUAGUUAUGUUACUGAAUAUUUAAAAACAUGAAUUCAAACUUGACUAUAGAGCAAAGGAUGGUCACAAUGUAGCUACAAAUUGGUAUUUGCUAAUAUUUAUUGUAUUUUUUAAAUUCCAGUUUGAGUUUUGUUUUAGAGCAAAAUAUCGGAACAAGUUGAUAACCUACGACACAUUUUGUAUCGUAGUAUAAGCUAUUUUUAAUGUUGAAUGUAUCUAUUUGUCGUGUUUGUUGUGCCCUUGUAUAUGAUUGGUCAACAAGUAAUUGUAUUUCAUUUUAUUCGAUCAAUGCAUUAUAAAAAGAGUGUCGCUAUUGAGCGAAGUCUUCUGAUAAUAGAUUAGAGAAUGAUUCACGAA